CGUGAUGAGAUUGAACCUUUUAUUUUCGAUGUUAUUGUUCAAGGCUCGUUCGUCCUUGACUCCAAAGCAAGUUUAUAUAAACACUACACACUCCAUGCUUAUAAACACUACAUGCUUUAACCAGUAUCCCCAUCACAACGAUGUCAACUGUUUCUACAUCAGUUCCGGUAGAUGUCAGAAACGAAAAAAGGCUUUAUUUUGGUGAAAAUUCGCUAUUAUUAAGAGCGUUUCAUCUUCCCCGUUCAGCUUUGAACAACAUGGUGAAUGUUUUCCAAGUCACGGAAGGAAGAACCUCACUAGUGGCUCAGGCUUAUGGCUAUUCGACCUGGAUAUUAUCCAAAAUAUGGCGUGUUGCUAGUUGGAGAGCUAUGAAAAAUAAAGAAUUCUCAAAAGACAAAGGAAUGGACGAAUCGAAAGAAGAAAUGGCCUCAAAUGAAGAUGCAAUUUUCUGUGAUUAUUUAGCUUCGAAUUUCACACUUUCGUGCCUGAGAAAUAUGUAUUUACAUUUGCUGGAACGAAACUUUCUUGGCGUUACGAGAGAAUCGUUGGAAUUAUUGAGGUACGAGAGAAAAGUCCUCCAAAAUCUACAAGAUUUGGAGUUGGUGAAAGCUCUCAAAAGAAUUUUUGGAAUUCAGUCGAGCGAUGAGGAAGAAAAUACAAGUGAACUAAAACCCUCGAAUUUAUCUUUUACCAACAUGAAAAACAUUGUUUGGACAGCAACAAAUAUGGCUUGGACAUCUCUUUACAAUCGCCUCUCCUAUUUUAUUCCUAAAUGGGCUGUGAUGAAUUUCUCUAAGAAGGAUGACCCAACAACAGAAAAGUCUGUGCCGAGCUCAAAAUUCGAAAGCAACAGCAAAGAAAUCACUCCAAACUCCAAGUCUACCAGCAACAUGGUAUCCUUAUCAGCAGGCUCUCUCUUACUAUGCGAAUCCAACCUACUUACCCAAGUGUUAUCAGACUCUGGAACAUACGCUCUAGAAAGCACGCACAAUUUACUUAAAGAGUCACUACUUCUAUUUGUGCCGAUGGAGAUCCUUGAAAGCACAGUAGCACUAUUAAAGAACCCUGCCUCUCUGGUUUCAACACCACCUCUUUCCGCACUAUGGGAACUUUAUAACUAUGUUUCUAUCUGGGGUUUAGACAUUUUUGACGAGUGUUAUAACCAACCUGAUGUUGAAUAUGCAGUUAUUGAUGAUGAUGAUUUUCAUUUUAUUGUUAAUGUGCCAAGAAUGAGAAGACCAAUUUUAUUUAUUGGAAUCAGGUAGAUUGUUUAAUAGUGCAGCGCACUGAUUCUAAAAAUAGCUUAAAGAUUCGGACAAACAUUGCAUUCUGUUUAACCUCUACGAGGAUUAUACAAACCAAUUUUAUUAUUUUUACUUAAAGUUACAAUAAUAACCCAUGUAAACUAAGAUCAACUGCGAUCGGCUGUGUAAAACUUGUAAGUUUGUUUGUCCGAAUUUCGCCUUUGUCUUUGUUUUUAUGACGUCACGGUUGCGCUGCGCUAUUUUUAACAUCCAUACUCUACAUGGGUUUUCCCAUCACAUUCAUCAAAUAGUCCGAGUUAGUAAUUUCUUGGAUUGAAGCCAAAAAAUAAGUCUCUUUGAGAUAUUAUUAUCAACCCUGACUGUACACUAAGCUGUUGCAACACGUUACCAACCACUUGUGUACUGACACCUUACUGUACGGUGUGGGAUGAUCUAAAUAGCCAUCUCUGUGAGAUAUUUAUGUUCACAUAAAAAUAUAAACAAUCCUGUUGAUAUUCAACCAUUAUCAUUAUAUUAUGAUUAUAAGUUUUAAUGAUAACUGUACAUCCUGGGGUCCAGAGGUUAUUCUUCCUCUAGAGUUUGCUCUUUUGACAGGAAGUUGCAAGGGAAGUCAGCGCUUGCCUAAACCUGCCUGAAUCAAAAUAGAACAUGCUCAGGGUAAUGGGUUCACUGUACGGCAUAUAAAAAAUUGGAAGAAAAUAUUUUAUAAAAUAUGAUUUUUAUGUUUAGUUAAUACAUUAAUUAUGAAAAAAGGUGAGAUAUCUGCAUAUUCACUCUGUGAGUGCUUCAAAACUAUAAUAAUAAUAAUAAUAAUAAUAAUAAUAAUAAUAACUUUAUUGAUGUCUCGAAAUUCUUCUAGCCGGGCACAAGCACCCUACUAAUCGUGAAGACAAAAAAUACUUAAAAACUUUAGAAAACUAAAACAAAACAAAAAAAUACUAUGUGACUAUAUAUAUAAUUAUAAUUUAUGACUAUCUGAAUACUGCAGGAAGAAAUGUAAUAAAGUUCACAUGGCAAUCAAGCUCAA